AUGUCCGAAGAGAUCGUUAUCGAUAAAAAUGCUUUCUUCAAUCGAUUGUCGAGCUUCUACUCGGCAUGGAAAGCAGACAAGCGAUCCAGCCAUGGCUUGUUCGGCGGUGUUGGAUCCAUCGUGAUUCUGAUGGGAAAGACCGAUGAGGCCAACAGCUUCCAGAAGAACAAUGCGAUGCAUUUCUGGCUUCUCGGUUAUGAAUUCCCAGCCACGCUUAUGGUGUUCACCACCGAGACGAUGUACGUCGUGACAACGGCAAAGAAAGCCAAACACCUUGAGCCCCUUAAGGGUGGAAAAAUUCCUGUCGAAAUCCUGGUUACUACGAAAGAUCAGGACGAGAAAACGAAAAUCUUUGAAAAGUGUCUGGAGAUCAUCAAAAGCUCCGGUAACAAAGUCGGCGUCCUCCCAAAAGACACAACCACCGGUCCAUUCGCAGAGGACUGGAAACGCGCCUUUGCAAACAUUUCGAAGGAUAUCGAAGAGGUCGACAUCGCACCUGCUCUUUCAUCGGCCGCUUUUUCUGUGAAGGACACGGAUGAGCUGGUGUCAAUUCGGAAUGCAUCGAGAGCAUGCAGCGGCUUGAUGUCGGAAUACUUCGUCGACGAGAUGUCUCGCCUUCUGGACGAAGAAAAGCAGAUGACCCAUAAAGCUCUUUCGAUGCGAAUCGACGCGAAGAUCGACGACGAGAAGUUUUUCAAAAAGCUAGCGAAGCUACCAGCUGAAUUUGACCCCCGCCAGAUUGACUGGGCAUAUGGGCCGGUUAUUCAGAGUGGCGGAAAGUACGAUCUCAAACUCACAGCUGUGCCCGAUAGCAACAACCUCCAGCCUGGAAUCAUCAUCGCCGGUUUCGGAAUCCGGUACAAAACGUACAGUUCGAUCAUUGCGCGUACUUACCUAGUCGAUCCUACCAAGUCUCAGGAAGCGAACUAUGCCUUCCUUUUGAAUCUGCAUGAAACGGUUAUCAAGGAUGUUCGCGAUGGCACAGUAGCCAAGGACCUGUACAACAAGGCGAUCGGUCUGGUCAAAUCCAAGAAGCCUGAUCUGGAGCCGUACUUCGUCAAAAGCGUUGGCGCCGGCAUCGGCAUUGAACUGCGAGAUUCAAACAUGGUACUCAACAACAAGAACAACCGUGUGCUGAAGAGUGGCAUGACGCUUUCAAUCACGGUUGGGUUGGCUGGUGUCGGAGACCCCGAUUCGAAGGACAAGAAGAACGCUGUCUACUCUAUGGUCAUCACAGACACGGUCCGUGUUGGGGAAAAUGGCCCGCAUGUGUUCACUAAAGAUGCUGGGAUCGACAUGGACUCAGUAUCUUUCUACUUUGGCGAUGAAGAGGAGCCCCAGAAACCUGCCAAGGAAAAGAAGGAAGUGAAAUCCAGCGCCAUUGCCAGCAGAAAUGUUACGCGGACAAAGCUUCGAGCUGAGCGACCUACCCAAGUGAACGAAGGUGCUGAAGCACGUCGUCGGGAGCACCAGAAAGAACUGGCCGCAAAGAAAACCAAAGAAGGGCUCGACCGGUUUGCCGGGACUACCGGUGACGAAAACGGAGUCACUCAAAAGAAAUUCAAGCGCUUUGAGUCCUACAAGCGAGAUAACCAGCUCCCAGCUAAGGUCAAGGACUUGACUAUCUACGUUGAUCACAAAACAUCGACCGUGAUUGUUCCAAUUAUGGGUCGACCCGUGCCUUUCCAUAUCAACACGAUCAAAAACGCCAGUAAGAGUGAUGAAGGAGAGUACGCUUACCUGCGGAUCAACUUUCUUUCCCCGGGACAGGGUGUUGGGCGGAAGGACGACCAACCUUUCGAAGACUUGUCUGCCCAUUUCCUGCGGAACUUGACCCUGCGGUCUAAGGACAACAACCGACUUGCGCAGGUUGCGCAGGACAUCACUGAACUUCGGAAGAAUGCUCUCAGGCGUGAACAGGAGAAGAAGGAGAUGGAAGAUGUGGUCGAGCAAGAUAAGCUUGUCGAAAUCCGAACUAACCGUGCAAAAGACCGGCGCCCUGUCAAACUUCCUGAUGUCUACCUCCGCCCUCCCUUGGAUGGGAAACGAGUGCCUGGUGAAGUUGAGAUCCAUCAAAAUGGUCUCCGGUAUAUGUCUCCUUUCCGGAACGAACAUGUUGAUGUUCUUUUCAGCAACGUCAAGCAUCUUUUCUUCCAACCCUGUGCUCAUGAAUUGAUCGUUCUCAUUCAUGUGCACCUGAAGACACCGAUCAUGAUUGGAAAGAGGAAGACCAGAGACGUUCAGUUCUACCGAGAGGCGACUGAGAUGCAGUUUGACGAAACUGGCAACCGCCGACGGAAGCACCGCUACGGAGAUGAAGAGGAGUUCGAGGCGGAGCAAGAAGAAAGACGCCGGAGAGCCGCAUUGGACCGCGAAUUCAAGGCCUUUGCUGAGAAAAUCGCUGACGCCGGGAAAGACGAGGGUGUGGAUGUUGAUAUUCCAUUCCGAGAGAUUGGGUUUACUGGUGUUCCCAACCGCUCGAAUGUAUUGAUUCAGCCCACCACAGACGCUCUGGUUCAACUGACUGAACCUCCUUUCCUUGUGAUCACAUUGAACGAGAUCGAAAUUGCUCAUCUCGAAAGAGUCCAGUUUGGUCUGAAAAACUUCGAUCUAGUCUUUGUCUUGAAGGACUUCCACCGGCCUCCUGUGCACAUUAACACGAUUCCUGUCGAAGCUCUGGAGGGUGUGAAGGACUGGCUCGACUCGGUUGACAUUGCAUUUACUGAAGGUCCCUUGAACCUCAACUGGACGACCAUCAUGAAGACCGUGGUGAGUGAUCCGUAUGGCUUCUUUGCCGACGGAGGUUGGUCUUUCCUUGCUGCGGAAUCCGAUUCCGAAGAUGGUGAUGAAGAGGAAGAGGAGUCUGCGUUCGAGCUGUCUGAAUCCGAACUGGCUGCGGCAGACGAGAGCUCAGAAGACGACAGUGAAUUCGAUGACGAUGCGAGCGCUGAGGCAAGUGAGGAUUUCAGUGCCGAUGAGGAGAGUGGCGAGGAUUGGGACGAACUUGAAAAGAAAGCCAAAAAGAAGGACCGUGAAGGCGGCCUGGAUGAUGAGGAUCGCGGUAAGAAACGGAAGCGGUGA